CAAACCCCGCAAAUCUGAACACCCCCGAAAUAGUAAAAUUGCUUUGCUAAAAUAAGUUCACUACUUCAAUAUUAUGUAGAAUACAAAAAAGUCCUAUAAACUGUUCGGAUCUGUGUUUAGGUUCCUACUGGGAGUUCAGUAGCAAACUUUCAAAAUUCUACAAAAUGUUUUCUUAUCUUUGUCGUUUUUACGAACUAAUUUACUUAGACUAAAAAUGACAUCGAAGGCAAUUGAAAACAUUAUUAAUUUAAACUUUUUAAGUGCAUCGUUUAAUCGGACUCGUGUCAACCUUGAAUUGAUUCUGCAGUAUAGUUCGAUUUGAUAUUGGUCAUGUAAUUUUCUAUCCGAUUGGCAGUUGUAAGUGCAAUUAGUGGAAAAUUGGUAUUCAUUACUGUUUGAACUUGGAUAAACUACUUUGCCCCACUGUUCUAUAACAGUAUUUUCGUUUGUCCUGAGGCACGGAUACAAAAAUUCUAAUUUGGAUAGAAACAACAGCAUAAUUGGAGUUAAAUAACAUUUCGUUACCUACCGUUUCCAACGCCGGCGAGAAUUAAGUACAUUUGAAACGAUUUAUUAAACAAAAAUUCGUUAUUUGCGACAAAAUGUGUGUGUUUCGCAAUGUUUUAGACACUGGGUAAUAUUAGUGCUUCUGGGAGUCAUAGUGCUCCUAAUUUUUUUUAAAUUUCCCACACCCCAUGAUAUUGACUCAACCUAUUAUACAAAAACCAAGAUUGAUUUGGAAAAUGGACCAGAUUAUAUUCUUCAAAAAAAUCCACUUUUUGAAAAUGAACAUUUCCAAAACAGAUAUUGUGAAAUUAUCCACAUUGGAGUUGUUUGUUCUGGUCAUGCUUCAAAUAUACUCUUCCACACUCUUCUCAAGUCCAUUUAUAUGUACAGGGUAAAUCCGCUGCAUUUUCAUGUUUUAGCAAACAAUGAAUCAGAGAAAGUGUUAAGAACCUUAUUUUACACUUGGAACAUUCCACAAGUGACUGUAACCUUUUAUAAUAUUGAAAACUGGCUGAAAGAUGUAAGGUGGAUACCAAACACACAUUAUUCUGGAAACUAUGGACUUCUCAAACUUAUCUUCCCUAAAGUUGUACCUCUAAAUAUUAGUAAAAAAUUGAUGGUGCUUGAUACAGAUUUAAUAGCAACUGGUGACAUUUAUCUACUGUGGAUACUAUUUAAUCAAUUUAAUUAUAAACAGGCUAUCGGUAUAGUGGAAAAUCAAAGUGAAUACUACUUAGGAAGACUGGGAAAAAGCAACCCAUGGCCUGCUCUUGGGAAAGGGUUCAACUCCGGUGUUAUGCUGUAUGAUCUAGAAAGAAUGAAGUUAUUUAAUUGGAAUAAACUUUGGAUCAAUAUUACUCGAAGAUGGACUCUUGUGUAUGGUUCAGUAGAUUUAGGGGAUCAAGACAUAAUAAAUGCUUUAAUAGUAGAAAAUCCUGAUAUAGUGUAUGUGGUGCCUUGUUAUUGGAAUACUCAGUUGAGUGACAAUACCCAAAGCAGUAGUUGUUAUCAGGAAUACAAACCAAUGAUUCUUCAUUGGAACUCUCCAAAAAAAUUUGGUGUUACUCAUAAGGGUGGGGAACUGUUUAGAAGUUUGGCAGCCAGUGUUUCCCAAUUUAAUGGAAACUUAUUAAGGAAAUUCCCACUCAUGUGUGAUGAGUACCCCGGAAUGCCUACUGCGAAGGUUGACUACACGUGUUCGAAAUUUUAUGUCCCACCAAACAAGUAUUAUCGAACUUUUUUAUACUUUAGAGAGUACAAUUACAUUCCAGAUGAAAGUGACAUUACUUUAGUAAGCCAGCUCUCUUUUGAUCGUUUUUAUUUAGUGGAAGAAAUUGCAAGUCUGUGGACGGGACCCAUUAGUAUCACUUUGUAUGUGAGUGACAAAGAACUCGCAGAAAGUAUGCAACUCAUUUUGGAUUCAAAAAUUUUGCAAGAUAGAUUGAAUAUUUCUUACCACGCAGUUUUUAAAGAAGGGGAUUUCUAUCCUAUUAAUAUAUUGCGAAAUAUUGGCCUUAAAAAUGUGAACACUCCCUCUGUUUUCAUGGUAGAUAUUGAUUUUUUACCAAUGAAAGAUUUAUAUGAAUCGCUGAAGGAUAAUCUGAAAAAACAUGGUGACCUUAACAAAAAGGCUUUUAUUGUACCGUCUUUUGAAUUAUCCACUCGAAAGGGGGCACUGCCAGGAAGCAAAUUAGAUUUAAUAAAUGCAAUUGAUAAAAAAGAAGCGGUACCAUUUUUGUUCAACAUUUGGAACUCAGGACAAGCUUCAACUAAUUACAAGAGAUGGAGAGAUGAAUUACACCCUUAUAAAGUUAAAUGGAGUACGGAUUAUGAACCGUAUAUUGUUGUAAGAAGUGAUGUUACCAAGUAUGAUGAAAGAUUUUUUGGAUUUGGAUGGAAUAGGGUGACGCACAUCAUGGAACUUGAAGCCCAGGGAUAUGAAUUUAUUGUUCUUCCUAAUACAUUUAUAGUCCAUAAAUAUCACAAGCCUAGUUAUGAUAACAUGAGAUACAGGAAAUUGCCUAAUUACAGAUUGUGUUUGCAAUGGUUAAAGAAAACUUUUAUGGAAGAAUUAAACAAAAAAUACAACAAAACAUUUGCCCUAAAAGCGUCUCCCGAUUAUCCAGAAUAUGAAUUAAGAAGGAAAAGAGAUACAGAACAACAAUCCACGACUAGUCUUUAUGACAGUACUGACUAUUUCUUAUUUUGGGGUGGUAAAGAGAAGGAAAUUGCAAAAAGAAAAGCAAAACGCAAAUAUCCAAAACCACCAAUACCUACCGAUUCCGUGGAAGAUUACUAUUUUUAUGAAGAAGAGCAUCCUUAUAAUUUAACAAAAAUUAAUUUAAAACAUAACCAACCACUUUUAAAAGCUCUCAAAAGUAGCCUUGAAAGUGUUAAGGAAACUGAAUCCAUGUCAGAAUCGUGUGAGCAGAAAGAUUAUGAAUAUGAUGAGGAUGAUAUUACAUUUCAUAAACUACAUGACAGUACUACAGUUCCAAAUAACAAUGUCACAAUGUUGGGAGAAGACGAUUUAAUAGAAAAGGAAAUUGAUGACAAUGAAAGCAUUCCCUAUGAACAAUUAAAACUUGUUAAUGUCCAAAGGCCUAUAGGAAACGGCAAGAAUAUUAUUUUUAAAGAAAAUUGAACAACGAAAAAAAUGGGUUGUAAAAUAAUAUGUAUGUUGUCUGUUAAUUAGUUACCAUUCCAAAGACUUCAACCUUAUCAAUAUCUGUUUUGGAACUGUUUGAAAGUUUUUCUGAAGCAAACAGUAGUCGUUCUUCAAAUUACCAAUAAUUUUUAUUAGUUAAAAUGUGAUUUUUAUGAGUAUUAUAUUUUUGAAAGAUGUUUUUUCACUCAUUGGAUAUUUUAAUAAAUUACUUUCAGUUUAAA